GCUCCUGCGACCUCGGGAAGCAGAGUUCGGAUGAAACAUUAACUCCCAGCUUCGCUGCCUGCUCUGUGGAGGCACGGAGCGGUGGGGAGCCAGCCGGGGGCUGGGGGGCGCUUGGCCGGGGGCCGGAUCCGGGCCAGCGAUGCCCCCUCCGGAGUAGCCGGGACGUCUGGGGCCCGCGGCCUCGGGGAUUGCACGCCGGGAUGGGAGCCCACGGCCCCCACUAGGCCGUGAGGCGAUGCAGACUGGCUAUGGGGAGCUCUGGGCUCUGUGCUUUGCCGUUGUUACUGCUGGGACUUGCUGCACUAACUCGCCCCUCCCCGCUGCACCCCAUUUGCGAUGCUCGAGUCAUGGAGAAAUUCAUCAAGGAGGCCAGAGACACUGAGAACGCCAUGGAAGGUUGUACAAAUUCUUGCAACUUAUCAGAAGUUCUCACGGUGCCCGACACGAAAGUUAAUUUUAACGAGUGGAAGAAAAUGGACAGGCAGACGCAGGCGGCGGAGGUGUGGGGGGGGCAAGCCCUACUCUCGGCCGCCGUGCUCCGGGCCCGGGACCUGGUCCCCGACCCGUCCCUGAGCCAGCAACUGGGCCGCACCUACAGCAACCUGCGCGGCGUCACCCAGAUCCUGCGCAGCCACAACGCCCAGGUGGAGCCAGCCCUGCCCCCAGCUCCGCCUCCCACCCUCAGCAUCCAGACUCUGGCCAAACUCCUCAGCGUCCACUCCAACUUCCUGCGGGGGCGGGUCAAGCUGUUCUUGACGGACGCCUGCCAGCCCGACACCAGGUGAGGGGCUCCCCCCCAGCCCCGACCACCACAGCACUCCGCCCCCUCCUCCCCUUGCAACCUUCCUGGCGGCGGAUGGUUGACAGCCGCCAAUCAUCCACCCACCGGACAGCCGACAUGGAGCCUCAUGAAAACCUCACUCAGUGACUGACAGCUGUCAAUCAACCCAGAGUCCUGGCUUACAGCAAGCAAGAGGGGGUUUAAACUUUGAUGGGUGACUGACAGCUGUCAAUCACCCCCCGAGCCAGACUGCCUGGACCGUCGCCAUGACACCAGAGGAGAAAUACGAGG